ACUGGAAUCAUUAUCGAGAUUUGUUGUCCAGAAUGAAGUCAACUUUUUCCAAAUUGAUAAUUUUUGCAUUCCUUCAAAUUUAUGUUCGGGCUGGCCAAGUAGCAACACCCUCAUGUGUCGAAGAAUGUCCUCAUGGCUUCGAGCGUGUAGCAGGACUGUCACACUGCUACAAACUGUUGUUGGCUCUGGGACCCGUGAGCCAUGACAAGGCCGUCGUGGCCUGUGGAUACGAAGGAGGGGCCACUCUCGUCACUUUCGACGCAGUCGGAGACCAGCAAACCCUUCGCAACCAUAUGUGGUCCCACUAUGAAUCAGCUAUCACUAAAGAUCCAGCCCAUCUAGCUGGGCUCGGUUUCUGGACUGGGUAUGCCAGACAGUACGGCGACUCCACCAACCCCUUCGUCAACAUCUACUCUGGAGAAACACUGGACUCUGGCUUCUUUUCCAGGGGGCAGCCGGACAACCUAAUGCUGGGAAUGUGGGGUGAAGAGACGUGUGUGGCGAGGAAAAAGUUCAACAAGGAUGUGGUCAAGCGGGCCAACUCAGACAUCGGAAUGGACGACUACAAUUGUGCAUACCCUCAUUGGGCUAUAUGCAUGCAUCGUGACGUGUACGCCCUGAACAUGCAAGCGUAUAACAGUGUGCUGAUGGCGGGUACGGGAGUGAGUCUUCCAGUAGGUGGGGGUUGCAAAGUGGACUGGGUCGACCAGAAUGUCUAUGUUCUGGACAUGAUCAGUGCCAAGAGAGAGGCCAGCGGAUAUUCCGACCAGGCACAGCAGUUCGCAGGAAUUGUGAACGAAAUUCGGUCUCCAACCUGUCCGUCCCUGAAACUCAGUUAAAUCCGACGCUUUUUAGAAGCAACGACGACACUGGACGACAAUUGAAAAGUACUAUCAACUAUAAAAACCAACUAAAAUUCCAAAAAAAAUCACUAGAUCGUAAAAAACGGGACUGAACGAAAGCAGGGGCUGAUGGUUGAUGGUUUGCGGCUAGGGUUUUGCAUGAAAUGAUCCGAUGUUGAAUUGAAAUACAACUGAAAAAGGAUUUGAAGUUAAUUUCUUGCAAUAUGAUUUUCAAAAUCAAUUUUCAUAAAUUGCGGUUGGGGAGUUGUUUGAAUAGAACCGAUGUUGAAUUAAAAUACAACUGAAAAAGGA